AUGGCCCCCGACGCGGACGCGCUGACCAAAGCCGACGGUAGUGGCGGUGCCUUUAAUGAACCGCUGGUCCUAGACUUUGCAACCAUGCAAGAUGGCGCUGAGCCUAAUAGAACGAGUGCCCCUCUUUCACCCGUUAUUAGCUUGGACGAUCCCGGGCAUCGAGGAAGUUGGCACUCGGAGGAUGAUGACUUUGCUCCGGCACCACAAGUAGAGUUUGCAAGACGCGAGAUUCAUAUUCCCUUUCGAACUAGUUCGAGCACUCCCCAAGCCCAACAACAUCGCGUUGAGCUGCAAAGGCGACUAAGUCAAGAGCCAACUUCACCCAUCUGGCCUGCGACUCCAGAAAGGAACCGGUCGCGUGCUCAUAGUUAUUCACGUACGCCAGCGGCUACUCCAAAGCGUUCACAGACGCCGAAGAACCCUCAAACACCUAGAAAUCCUCAAACACCCGGGAAUCCCCAAACACCAGGCAACCCUCAAACGCCUGGCACUAAUCGAUUGUCUGGAUACUUUCAAACACCCCAAGCAAUGGAUUCUGAGCCACCAAAGAUGCGAAGUUCAGUCGAUUCGGUAAUCUCGUAUGAGUCUGCGGCACCUUCCUUUACGACGCAGCAGCUUGGGCCGUUGCAGCAAAAGGGUGGGACGCUGGAUGAGGGCGACAGACUUUCUCCCUUGAUGGAAGAUGACCCGCAUUCCUUCGAUCUGAUUUCAGCACCAGUGGAAAGUGGACGCCCCAUCUUCUCACUCGAGACCAGAUCCGACCAGCUGUUCUCGAAAGAGCAUUUGGAGGCCAUCUUCGCCGACACUUCAUCCUUGCUUCGAUUUACGACAUUCCUUAGCGCCUAUCGACCCAAGUCAGUCCCUACAUUGGUGUACUACCUAGAUGCACUAAAAGCGCUACGAGCUAUCAACUAUGCAAAUGCUGUCGCUGAAGCGCUAGAACCCAUCAAUGGCUUGGGUUUUACCGAGACUGGGGCGCGAACAACAGUCAACGCAAGUCUCGAGGAGAAGGCCAAGCAGGCUUUUGAUAUUUUAGUUCGUGACGAUUUGCCAGCAUUCAUCACGCAUGUAUUUGCUCAAGUUGCAAGCUCUAGUAUUGCGAAGAGAGUUACUGGCAACCUCCCUCCAAUGCUGCGUGAAGCUAGUGAGGGUUUGGCAGAGGUUUUCUGUUUGACAGACCCUUCGAGGGCUGACAACCCAAUCAUAUUUGCGUCUGAAGAAUUCCAUCGCACAACCCAGUAUGGCGUAAACUACGCUAUUGGCCGCAACUGUCGGUUCCUCCAAGGCCCCAAAACCAACCGUAACAGCGUCGCCCGUUUCGGAGCCUCCAUUCGUGAAGGCAAAGAUCAUAGUGAAGUCUUUCUGAACUACCGUCGUGACGGGUCUCCGUUUAUGAACCUUUUGAUGACAGCACCUUUGUGUGAUUCACGCGGAACCGUUCGUUAUUUUAUCGGCGCGCAAAUCGACGUGACUGGUCUUGUGAAAGACGGUACCGAACUCGAUGCGUUCCGCCGUAUGGUUGACCAGGAAGAAGGUGUGAUCGAAAAGGACGAGCCCAAAGACGAGUUCCAGGCAUUGUGUGAGAUGUUCAACAACACUGAGUUGGACACGGCACGCAGAUUUGGUGGCAACAUGCACAGAGAGCAUUUGGAGGAAAAGGAUGACGCCACUAUGCAGCACAAGCCUAGAGUGCUCAUUCAGGAUCGAUCGACUUUUGAUCUUGAUGGGCCAGAUAAGUCAGCCCCUUCACCUGACGGACGCCUUACUGGUCCGUACAAACAUUAUCUUAUCGUCCGUCCUGCGCCAUCUCUACGCAUUCUUUUCACAUCUCCUUCACUUCGCGUCCCUGGGAUACUUCAAUCUCGUUUCCUUGACCGAAUUGGUGGUAGUAACCGUGUUCGUGCUUCGCUCGGUGGUGCGCUCGCAGAUGGCUCGCGCGGCGUCACUGCAAAGAUCCGCUGGUUACCGCACCCAGUCGAGGAUCUGGAAGACGCAACGGAUGAGGGCCGACCUCGCUGGAUUCACUGCACUCCUCUCCUCGGUCAGAAUGGAUCUGUAGGCGUGUGGAUGGUAGUGCUGGUCGAUGAGAAGGACCAGGCGUAUUCAAAUCGUCGUUUCCGUCAGGCACCGCCAAUUCCUUCGGACAUCCGUAACAAUUCCCUUGCUGCCUCCACACAACCACGCGCCAAUACACGACUCAGCGAUUAUUCCGAAGACAACAUCUACCCCUCCCGUGGAGGUUCGCCUUUUGGCAAUGGUCGUGGUAACGGUGUAGCUCGUGUUUCCGCUAUGGAUAACUUGCGUGGACCAACGAGCCCUCACAGGGCGCAAAGCCCACUGAGUUAUGAGCAGCGUGCGAUGCGCUCAGGAGCAUCAUCGGUCAAGGACUACACCAAUGGUGCAGCCAGUGUUGACUCGUUCCGCAUCUAA